CGUUUUCUCCUUUUACGAAACGAUGAAGUCAAGAUACGAGCCUGUCAAUUUUGUGCUAGUCACCAUGGCGGCUGAGCUGGAAUCUCUCCCCCAAGUUUUACGCCCGUGCAAUCAUUCAAUCGGAUCCUCAGCCGCUUUAAUUCACUGACAACAUGGCAACCACCGGCUCAGAAGCCCAUCGCUCAGACAUUAUUGAGCUUGAGCGGUUGAAGAAUCUCGCCGAGAGAGAUUCUGUGAAAGCGCUUUUAGAUACCGUCAUUUCAAAAUCACAAAAACUAUUGGAACGGGCAGAGGAUUCAGAAAAACAAGAAGAAUUAAAGACACAAGAGAGACAAAGGCUCGAGGAAGCUCGAAAGAGGCGUGAAGCGGAAAUGGCGGCCCAAGGGAAGGUUAUGCCCCAGCCUAUUGGAAGAGAAAAGGCUAAAAUCCAGAAUGUAUACAUUACAACAGGCUAUGGCUGGGACCAAUCGGAUAUGUCUGUAAUGUUAUAUAUCAAUAUCAAAGACGCAGAUACCCUCACGGAAGAUCAAUACAAGCUGGACGUUCAAACGCAAAGUGUAAAUUUUGAUGUGUACAAUCAUAAUGGAGCGAACUACAACUUUAAGAUUUCAAAACUUGCCAAAGAAGUCGUUCCCGAAAAGUGUCGGGUAAAGCUUAAGAAAGCGCAAAUUAUCAUCUUUUUGCGCAAGAAGGAGCAAGGUAAACAGUGGCCAGAGUUACGCUAUAAGAGUACCCGUGAUGUAUACAAUGAGCUCGUUCGAGCUGAGGAAAAAGGUGAAGUCCCAAAACAAGCACCCACUAGCCAAUUCCCGGAAGAUAUGCAAUCCAAAAUGAAGGAAAUGUUCGAGAACAGUGACCCUGAAACGAGACGUAUGAUGGAAGAGACUUAUAAACAAGCUCGUGAUAUGAAGGCGAACGGAGGGAAGUAUGACCCUCUUGCUGCCAUGGCUGGUAUGGGCAUGGGUAUGCCAGGACUGAGCGAUAUGUUUGGAGGUCAUAAUGACCAUACUCACGGACCCAAUUGCUCUCAUCAACAUUAAAACGAUAGAAAUGGUUAUA